AAAUUGGUUCAGUUCAAUAAUCAUAAUUCAUUACUCGGAAGCAUCGCCGUUCUCCGACCAUGACAACGAUCGGAUUCCGCCUUAUCUCGGUUCCAUCCGCCGUCUCACCACUCUCUCUACUUUCUCAUGAACCGAGGGAUGAUCAAAGCCAAGCGCUACGCCAUAACCUUCCGGUUACAACAUCUCGCCGAGGUCUCACUAUGCUCUCAUUUCUCUCUGCGAUGCCGUCUCUGUUUCUACCUGCUCCCGCCACUGCUUUCGAUAUCGGCAUUUCAGGACCAAAGGAUUGGCUGAGGGAGCAGAAGAAGAAGGCCUCCAGGUUCCUCUUGGCUCCAAUUGAGGCCUCCAGAGACAGCCUUCACGCAGUUUACCUUAUGCUUUCCAAUGGUUCCGAUUACUCAAACAAGGAUAUGGAGGACGUUCAAAGAAUGCUGAAGUCUGCUGCAAGGGAUUGCGUUUUGAAGGACAGGAAUUCGUUCGUUCAAUUCCAAGCGAGCACUGGAGUCGAGGUCUGUACAUUUCAAUUGAUUGUGAAAAAUGCCGCCUCCUUGCUUGGAAACGAAGAUCCUAUAAAACUAGAAGCUGAAAGUCGAUUAAAAGAUCUAGUAAGCUCGUUCACUUCUCUUAAUAGUCUUGCAUAUGAGACUGAUAUUCAAGUCAAUUCCAACAGACAAAAAGUACUGGAUGCAGUAAAUGAUACCAUAGAUUCCCUCGACAAAUUCGAGAAGGGUAUUAAGGAUUGUCUUGAAACUUAAGUCCCGUGAUUUUGUUUUGUAAUUAGAUUUUCUUAUGUUAAGUCCAAACAAACAACAAUUAAAUGAAGCCAAAAGCAAAGUUUUUAAGCUCAUUCUCUAGCUUCUUUAGUGCUAAAUCUAGUGCUUGAAAGUUGAAUGCA